GCCUGGAUGUUCGGGGACCCGCACAUCACCACCUUGGAUGGUGUCAAUUACACCUUCAAUGGGCUGGGGGACUUCCUGCUGGUCGGGGCCCAGGACAGGACCUCCUCCUUCCUGCUGCAGGGCCGCACGGCCCAGACUGGCUCAGCCCAGGCCACCAACUUCAUCGCCUUUGCGGCUCAGUACCGCUCUAGCAGCCUGGGCCCCGUGACGGUCCAAUGGCUCCUUGAGCCUCAUGAUGGAAUCCAUGUCCUGCUGGAUAACCGGACUGUGACAUUUGAGCCUGGCCAUGAAGACGGCGGAG